CUGCAUAGUGCUGCUCAACGCUUGCAUCGUCUCCCGACAUCAGCACCAUGCCACCAAAAAAGCAAGCAAACAAGUCAGACCCCAAGCGCGGCGAGAAUGGCGACGAGCCGGUCCUUCAGGCCGUGGUCCUGGCCGACUCAUACAACCGCCGCUUCGAGGUGCUAUGCCUUGACCAGCCCCGUAUUCUCCUCCCUCUCUGCGGUAUUCCCCUCCUUGCGUACACCCUCGAGAACUUGAGCCAUAGCAAGGUCAAGCAGGUCUUCAUCUUCUGCGGCGUGCAUGCGGACAAGAUCCGCGAGUUUGUUGCCAACUCGCCGUUCAACCGCCUGCUUGACAUUCAGUGCUUGGCAUCCCAGACAGCCCGCACCGGUGGCGACGCGCUGCGCGAGCUUGACGAUAUGGGUGUGCUCAACCCCGAGAACCCCUUCAUCCUCGUCCACACCCCCAUUGUGUCCAACUACGACAUCUCGCAGAUGAUCGACGCGCAUCGCAAGCGCCGCGAGACGGACAAGAACCUAAUUAUGACCAUGGGAGUUGGGCGCGGCGGCCGCCAGCACCCCGAGGCGCCUAUCAUGAUGGUCCACCCCCCCUCCUCCCGUCUCCUCCAUUAUUCUCUUAACCCUCUCUCGCCAGCGCAGAAGCACGUCGCAUUCCCUUCCCAGCUCUUCCUCGACCCCUGGCCGCCCACAAUUGACGAGUACGAGAUUUGGUCCGGCACCAACCCCGCCUCUCAGCAAGGUGGCUACCGCGACCUCGGCAUCGACAUUUGCGAGGCUGACGUGCCUGCUCUCUGCACUGAGAACUUUGACUACCAUGACCUGCGGCGGCACUUUGUCAACGGCGUGCUCACAUCCGAGCUGCUAGGCAAACACAUCAACGUGCACGUUGUGGGCGACGAGACACCCGAAGACCCGAAGGAGCGUCGCGCCGGAUCAGGCCGCUACGUUGAGCGCGUGAGGGAUACACGCACUUACGGAGAGAUCACGCAGGACAUCCUCAGACGAUGGGUCUUCCCUCUCGUCCCCGAUAUCGGCGUGCACGGUACCGAAUCAUAUGAGCUCCGCCGCGGCAACGUGUACAUUGCGCACGACAACGUUAUCCUCUCGCGGACGACGACGUUGCAGGGGCCAUUGCUCAUCGGCGCUCGCAGUGUGCUGAACAAUAACACUCGCAUCGUGCAGACUACCCUUGGCCGGCGCUGCCUUGUCGGCGCCAACACCACCAUUAUCUCGUCUUAUAUCUUCAACAACGUGAACAUUGGCGACGACUGUUUCCUCGACGAGUGCAUGAUUGGCAACAACGUCACUAUUGGCGAUGGAGCGCAUAUCGGCAAGGGCGCUCUCAUCGGCGACGGCGUGACCAUCGGGGCUGGGGUCAAGAUUCCCAUGUUCGCACGAAUUGGAAGGGAGCCAUACCGCCCCGAGGGUUGGGACUCGGACGACGAGGAGGAGCCAGAACGCGAGGAGGGAUUGAAGCAGUUGAACCUCGACAUCUUGGGCUCUCAAUCGAAAGGCUUCUUCUGGCCCACCGAGGAGGAGGAGUCCGCGGAGGACUCGGACGACGAGGGAGAGGACCCAUUCGAGCACCCACGGAACAAGCGGCUUCUGCAGCUUGGCCGCCGUUUGUCUAAUCUCUCGGUGUCCACCGUCUCCCUCUCCACGCUCUCCAUCGCCUCGAGUGACGAAGAUGAGGGGUCGUACGACUCUGACGACUCGGAGCUCCCUGAUCUCGGCCUCGGCGAUCUCAACCUCGCUGGCGGACCCUCUCAGGCGUUCUACACCGAGUGCCAGUCGUCCCUCGAGCGCGCAUACGCCGAGGGUCACUCGAUUGAGAACGCCGGUCUCGAGCUCAAAACCCUCGUCAUGGGCUACAACUCGGGCAUCGACGCUGCGCGCCAACAAGUCGUCAAUUUCUUCAUGGGCAAAAUCACGCUCGACGGCGGCAUGGCCAACAUCCUUGCAGACGCAACCAAGAUUUGGGCCCGAUGGGGCGGCAUGGCCGUCAACCUCUCGCGCGACCUGUCGGACAUUGCGCUUGACAUUCAGACCUUUUGCGUCCACAACGAGGAGCACAUCCCGUACUUUGGCCUUUUCCUACGCGCCUUGUAUGACAGCGACGUGGUUGAUGAGGACGCCCUCAUUGAGUGGCGGUCGCUCACGGCUGCGCGAGGCGAGGGAGCAAAGGUCGACGAGAAGGCCGGAUAUCUCGAGGCUUUCGCCAAGGGGAAGCAGUACGUGGACAUUCUCGAGGACAUGGAGAGUGACGACGACAAUGACGAGGAUGAGGAUGAGGAUGAGGACAGCGAGUAGACUGUAGACGCGAUCAUACAUUUGCAUUACAUGACGUUUG